GUCUUUUGUAGGAAUUAAAUUACCGGCAUUAUACUGGCGCUAGAGGUGUUUAAAUGCAUCUGCGAAAUACGGACCAAAAGCCCUGGUAGUGUGUGCAUUAUUCUGACUCGGCACAGUGAUAGAUGAAAUAGAAUAAGGAGUCCAGAGCAGCCCCCCCUCAGUGGAACCCCCUCAUCCUGACCUGUGCACCAGGGGGGUUUUAAAGACUGACUGUGAGCAGAGCAGACAGGGUGGCCGUGGCAACGGCGUGGGAAUGAGGCUGAAGGAGGAUGUGAACCCGCUGCUGCUGCAGGUGUUUCGCUCGGUGGUGUGGGUGUACUCCUUCAUCACCUUCCUGCCCUGGUACCUGCUGUCCGGGCCCGGGCAGCCCCCCCGCGCGCGGCGGGUGCAGGCGCUGUCUGUGAGCGGGAAGCCCGCCGGGCCGUACCGCGCGGGGAACAGCCUGCCGGCGCUGGCCUGCUCGCUGUUCCCCGGCUGCCCCACGCUGGACCUCGUCUUCCGCCACGCCGCGGAGCGCUUCCCCCACCGCGACUGCCUGGGCACCCGCCAGGUCCUGGGAGAGGAGGACGAGAGCCAGCCCAACGGCAAGGUCUUCAGGAAGGUGAUCCUUGGCGAGUACGUCUGGCAGUCGUAUGAGGAGGUGUACCAGGCCGCGCGGCACCUGGGCAGCGGCCUGGCGGCUCUGGGACAGAAACCCCAUCACAAAAUCGCCAUCUUCUGUGAGACCCGCGCAGAGUGGCUCAUAACUGCACAGGCCUGCUUCAUGCACAACUUCCCAUUGGUUACUCUGUAUGCCACUCUGGGAGGCCCAGCGAUUGCUCACGGACUCAACCAGACUGAAGUCACUCACAUCGUCACCAGUAGAGACCUGCUGCAGACCAGACUCAAGGACAUCCUGUUGGAGGUGCCCACACUGCAGCACAUCAUUGUUGUGGAUGGCAAACCCAGCACAUGGGAGGGGUUCCCCAGGGGCAUCCACAUGCACAACAUGGCAACCGUACAAGAGCUGGGCACCAAGCCUGAGAACCUGACAUCACCCCAUUCCCAGCCCCGCCCCUCUGACAUCGCUGUCAUCAUGUACACCAGCGGCUCCACAGGCGUGCCCAAGGGUGUGAUGAUCUCCCACGGCAACAUCAUCGCUGGGAUCACCGGCAUGGCAGAGAGGAUCCCUAACCUGGGUGAGAAUGACACCUACAUCGGGUACCUGCCGCUGGCCCACGUGCUGGAGCUCAGCGCCGAGCUGGUGUGCGUCUCACACGGCUGCCGCAUCGGCUACUCCUCCCCGCACACGCUGGCCGACCAGUCGACUAAGAUCAAGAAGGGCAGCCAGGGAGACGCCAGCAUUCUGCGGCCCACCCUGAUGGCUGCCGUCCCGGAGAUCAUGGACCGUAUCUAUAAGAAUGUGAUGCUGAAGGUGGAGGAGAUGAGCAGGGUGCAGAGGACCAUGUUCACUUUGGCCUACAACUACAAGAUGGAGCAGCUCUGCCUGGGCAACAGCACUCCGCUGUGUGAUGGGCUGGUGUUCCGGAAGGUGCGCUCCCUGCUGGGGGGGCAGACGCGGGUGCUCUUGUCGGGUGGGGCACCCCUCUCUGCAGCCACACAGCGCUUCAUGAACAUCUGCUUCUGCUGCCCCGUGGGCCAGGGGUACGGCCUGACCGAAACCUGCGGAGCGGGGACCAUCAGCCAGAUGUGGGACUACAGCACGGGGCGUGUGGGCGCUCCUCUGGUCUGCUCCGAAAUCGCCCUGAGGGACUGGGAGGAGGGCGGCUAUCUCAGCACAGACAGACCGCACCCUCGGGGGGAGAUCCUGAUUGGAGGACCCAAUGUCUCCAUGGGCUACUAUAAGGACCCGGCCCGGAACCAGCAGGACUUCUUUGUGGACGGGAACGGGCAGCGUUGGUUCUGCACGGGGGACAUCGGUGAGGUGCUCCCGGACGGCUGCUUAAAGAUCAUCGAUCGGAAGAAGGACCUGGUGAAGCUGCAGGCGGGGGAGUAUGUGUCCCUGGGGAAGGUGGAGGCCGCGCUCAAGAACUGCCCUCUGGUGGACAACAUCUGUGCGUACGCCAACAGUGACCAGUCAUACGUGAUUGGCUUCGUGGUGCCCAAUCAGAAGCAGCUUCUGGCCCUGGCAGAGCAGAGGAGGGUCAGAGGGUCGUGGGAGGAGCUCUGUAGCAGCGCUGAGAUGGAGGCAGAGGUGCUGCAGCUCAUCACUGAGACGGCCAUCGCAGCCAAGCUGGAGCGGUUCGAGAUCCCGCGGAAGAUCCGUUUGAGUGCCGAGCCCUGGACACCGGAGACCGGCCUGGUGACCGAUGCCUUCAAACUGAAACGCAAGGAGCUGAAGACCCACUACCUGCAGGACAUAGAGAGACUGUACGGGGGGAAGUAGGCACACCUGCCCCUCCUCCUGCCCCCUCCCGCCCCCGCCUCCACAAGCUCAUUAGACUCACCCCACCCCAACACCACAAGCUCAUUAAA